CUGAAUAGAAACCCAUGGAGACUGGAGGAAACUAGUCACAGAAAGUCCUGACUGUCAGCUGAUAGAUUAUUUCUUGAUAACUUCCCAUAACUGCUAGUUCAAUUUUCCAGGCUAGUCUAAGUCUUUUGGGACUAACUGGGAUAUCGGGCUGUUUUAGCCAUGCUUGAAUGUGCUGAGCUGUACUUUAAUGUGGACCAUGGAUACUUGGAAGGGCUGGUGCGAGGGUGCAAAGCCGGUCUCCUGACCAAACAAGACUACAUCAACCUGGUCCAGUGUGAGACUCUAGAAGAUCUGAAGAUUCAUCUCCAGACCACUGAUUAUGGCAAUUUCUUGGCUAAUCAAACGAAUCCUCUUACUGUUUCCAAGAUUGACACUGAGAUGAGGAAAAAACUUUGUAGAGAAUUUGAGUAUUUCCGGAAUCACUCUCUGGAGCCCCUGAGCACAUUUUUUACCUACAUGACGUGCAAUUACAUGAUAGACAACGUGAUUCUACUGAUGAAUGGUGCAUUGCAAAAGAAAUCUGUGAAAGAAAUUAUGUCAAAGUGCCACCCUUUGGGCCGUUUCACAGAAAUGGAAGCAGUCAACAUUGCAGAGACGCCAUCUGACCUCUUUAACGCCAUUUUGGUGGAAACGCCAUUAGCUCCAUUCUUUCAUGACUGUAUGUCUGAAAACACUCUAGAUGAACUAAAUAUUGAAUUACUGCGCAAUAAACUAUACAAGUCUUACCUGGAGGCAUUCUAUAAGUUCUGCAAGAAUCAUGGUGAUGUCACAGCAGAAAUCAUGUGUCCAAUUCUUGAGUUUGAGGCUGACAGACGUGCUUUUAUCAUCACUCUUAACUCUUUUGGCACUGAAUUGAGCAAAGAUGACCGGGAGACCCUCUACCCAAGGUGUGGCAAGCUUUAUCCAGAGGGACUGCGCCUCUUAGCCCAAGCAGAAGACUUUGAACAGAUGAAGAGAGUAGCAGAACAUUAUGGGGAAUACAAACCUUUGUUUGAGGCUGUGGGUGAUAGAAAUGGAGGAAAGACAUUGGAAGAUGUGUUUUAUGAACAUGAGGUUCAAAUGAAUGUGCUGGCAUUCAACAGGCAAUUCCACUAUGGUGUGUUUUAUGCAUAUACAAAGCUGAAGGAACAAGAAAUGAGAAAUAUUGUGUGGAUAGCAGAAUGCAUUUCCCAGAGACAUCGAACUAAAAUUAACAGUUAUAUCCCAAUCUUAUAAGUCAAAGGCAGGCAUCAACUGCAGAAAAUCAUAAAUGUUAAGAGGAUCUUAUUUAGGAAAAUAAAAGUAAUUUUGUUAUAUUUUCUAGAUUUCACAAAAAUAAUAAUUGCCACAGCUUCAUAAAUUACAGAUCCAUUAGCAACACAAUAAACUAACCCAGAAACAAAGAUCUUUUUGGGGGCAGCCUUAACUUUUGUUUCCAUAUUUCUGUCAGAUUCUUUACUAGAUCUUAGAUGCUAAUUUCAAUCCACCCUGUAGUACUUUUCUGGGUUUUGAUUGUGUUAAAAAAAAUCAGAUGAAAUAAUAAAAAAAUUAUUUUGCUCUUCCUUUUUAGUGCUUCUCAGAAGACAAAAACAAAAAACUGAAUGUCUGCUUUACUUUUUAGCUGGCUGUUUCUUCCCUUAUUCUACUGGAAUCUAUAACUAACUAUAUGUGUAGACAACAUGAACUACAUUGGUGGGAAAUAUUAAUAUGCUUUGAUCUGGUAGGCUUAGGAAAAGAACACAAUUCAAAUCAUAAACUCUGGAUGCACAGUAUUAAAGUUAUAUUUUUAAAUAUUUCCUUUAUGUAUGUAUUUGACAGAGACAGGGAGAAACUGAAAGAGAAAAAGGCAGGUGGAGUGAGAAAGAAAAAUCGGCACCUGUAGCACUGCUUCACUACUUGUGACACUUCCCACCUGAAGGGAGGGAGCAGGGCCAUGAACCAGGGUCCUUGCACACUGUAGCAUGUUUGCUCUACCAAGUGUGCUACACUCAGCCCCCCCCCCCCAGCUUAUAUUUUAUCUUUAAAUAAAACAUAUAUCUCUUU